CAUGAGGAAGCCUAUCAACAUGACAUAACCAGGUGGCUACUGAUAUUGUAUAACUGCAUAUUUUGCGGUGGUAAGAGUGACUGCGGGGCUGAUUGACAUCUCUAUGGCCCCGUGAGAGCUGCUUCAUCAUGCCUGUCGAAGGUCCGGAGCUCGAGGCGUCCUCGGCGCUCUCCAGCCCGGCCAGCGCUGCUCUCACCCCUGGAGGGUCCGAGGAGGACGGAGCUGCCGCCCGGGGCACAGCAGUCUGCUCCUUCCCUGAAAACGGCCAGGACUCCGAGGCAGCUGCAGCCUAUCCUGGCAACACCGGGCCCGAGGACAGCAACAAUGCUGGCAAGAGGUCUGGAGCGUUGCUGCAGAUCGACCGACAGCGCAUCCAAGCUGCGUCUGCCAGUUCUGGAGCUGAUGAACUCCAGGGCCUUGGUGUGGCUGUGUACGACCAGGACGUCCUCGAGCAGGGUGUUCUGCAGCAAGUAGACGAAGCCAUCCAGGGGGCUAGUCAGGCUGCUGCAAAAGCAGAAGCUGAGAAGGAGUACGAGUCUGUGCUGGAUGAUGUGAGGUCUGUCACAACAUCUCUGAAACAUAUCAACAAGAUUAUUGAGCAGCUGUCUCCCUAUGCAGGCUCCAGCAAAGAUAUCAGUAGGAAGAUCGAAUCUGUCAAACGACAGAAAGAAAAUAAGGAAAAGCAGCUGAAGAAAGUGAGAGCAAAACAGAAGCGACUUCAGGCCAUCUUGGGAGGAGAGGACACUCAAAGAGUGGAAGCUGAACUUUUGGCAGAAGAUGAUGGAGAGGAAGAACCGGGACCAUCCACGCUUGGCAGCAUGCUCAUGCCUGUUCAGGAGACUGAAUGGGAGGAGCUUAUUCGGAAAGGUCACAUGACUCCUUUUGGAACCCAAAUCCAGCAGAAGGAGGUAAAGAAAGAACCCCGAAAGCUGAUGCUGGCUGAGAAUUCUGCCUUCGACAUGUACUUGGCGGACCAGGCCAAGAUUGCCACUGAUAGGAAGAAAGGAUUACUUCAGAACAAGAAAAGAAGUUCUGCUCGUAGCCCUAAUGAAGAAGCUAGCAGUAAAACAAAAAAAAAACAUCUCUCAUCUACGGACGGAAAGCUGAAGAAACGUUCGAGAAAGCUGCAGAUAACUGCUCUGAAGGCCCAUCCCAAGGCUCGACCUAAGACUGAGCCAAAGCUCCCUAAACCAAGGAGGAAGAGGCACACUGAGGGAGAGGAGACAGGCAGUGAGGGGUCAGAGUACCUGCCCAGUGAUGAAGGAAUAGAUUUUGACCAAGAGGAGAGAGAAGCCAUGGAAGAGGGUUUGGGGGAGAUGAAUGAUGAUAGCGAAUAUGAAUUGAAACCAUACAAGAAAAAACCUGGGCACAGAAGGAGGGAGAAGAUUAAGAAAGAACAAAGUGACGAAGAAUACAGCCCUGAAAGUUCAGAUGAAGAAGAUGAUGAUGCUGAAAGUAAAGCCAAAAAAUGCAAAGAUGAUGGAGAUGUGGAGUACUACAGGCAACGAAUAAGGAAAUGGAAACGGCAGCGACUUCGGGAACGGGAGGAGAAGAGAGAAAGAGAUGAGGAGCUUACAGAUGACAGUGAUGUUGAAUUUGAUGCAGGCUUCAAAGUUCCUGGUUUCCUCUGGAAAAAACUUUUCAAAUACCAGCAGACAGGUGUGCGAUGGAUGUGGGAACUCCACUGUCAGCAGGCCGGUGGCAUCCUGGGAGAUGAGAUGGGAUUGGGUAAAACCAUCCAGGUCAUCUGUUUUCUGGCUGGGCUAAGCUACAGCAAAGUUAGGACAAGGGGGUCCAACUACAGGUAUGUUGGUUUGGGUCCAACAGUUAUUGUCUGCCCUGCUACGGUCAUGCACCAGUGGGUGAAAGAGUUUCACACCUGGUGGCCUCCCUUCAGAGUGGCAGUUCUACAUGAAACGGGCUCAUUCAGCAGCAACAAGGAAAAGCUGAUUCCAGAAAUAGCAUCAUGCCAUGGUAUUCUGAUCACUUCAUAUUCAGCUGUGAGAAAUUUGCAAGACGUCCUGCAGCGCUAUGACUGGCACUACAUUAUACUGGAUGAAGGUCAUAAGAUUAGAAACCCAAAUGCUGGAGUUACCAAGGCCUGCAAACAGUUUCGCACUCCUCACAGGUUCAUCCUGUCAGGUUCCCCUAUGCAGAACAAUUUGAAGGAGCUGUGGUCUCUGUUUGACUUUACCUUCCCUGGUAAACUGGGGACAUUGCCUGUCUUCAUGGAGCAGUUCUCUGUGCCAAUUACUAUGGGAGGAUACAGCAAUGCAUCGCCUGUACAGGUCCAGACGGCCUUUAAGUGUGCAUGUGUGCUGAGGGACACCAUCAAUCCUUAUCUGCUCAGAAGAAUGAAGGCAGACGUCAAGGCCAACCUCUCUUUGCCUGAUAAAAAUGAACAGGUGCUGUUUUGCAGAUUAACAGAGGAUCAGCGGCAGGUGUAUCAGAGUUUCUUGGAUUCCAAAGAGGUCUACCAAAUACUAAAUGGUGAUAUGCAGGUAUUCUCAGGGUUGAUUGCACUGCGGAAGAUUUGUAACCACCCGGACCUUUUCUCAGGUGGCCCACGGAUACUGAGAGGAAUCCCUGAGGAGCAGCUAACUGAGGAGGAACAAUUUGGCUUUUGGAAACGCUCGGGAAAGCUGAUGGUGGUGGAGUCACUGCUGCGUCUUUGGUUCAAACAGGGCCACAGGAUCUUGCUCUUCACUCAAUCUAGACAGAUGCUGCACAUCUUGGAGGUGUUUGUAAGAGAAAAUAACUACUCAUACAUGAAAAUGGAUGGCACAACCCCAAUCGGUUCCAGACAGCCUCUCAUCGCUCGCUACAAUGAGGACAAAUCUAUUUUUAUUUUCUUGUUGACCACUAAAGUUGGAGGACUGGGAGUCAAUCUGACCGGGGCCAACAGAGUCAUCAUUUAUGAUCCAGAUUGGAACCCUAGUACAGACACACAGGCACGGGAAAGAGCAUGGAGGAUCGGGCAAAAGCAGCAAGUAACAAUCUAUAGGCUGCUGACUGCAGGAACCAUAGAAGAGAAAAUCUACCACCGGCAAAUCUUCAAGCAGUUUCUUACAAAUCGUGUUCUGAAGGACCCCAAACAGAGACGGUUCUUCAAGUCUAACGACGUUUACGAGCUCUUUACUCUGGCUGACCCAGGUGGAGGUCAAGGAACAGAAACUAGUGCCCUAUUUGCAGGUACAGGAUCUGAUGUUAAAGUACCCAAGAAAUCGGAGAGACCAAGGCCAUCAUACACUGUAAACCUCAAAGGCAGCCACGUGCAGAAACCCUCUUCACCAAGUCGGGUUGAAACUGGUGCAGACAGAAGACACUCUUCCUCAGAAGACAUAAGGACACUAGGAGAUUGCAGCACUUCUUCAUCCAAUACAAAUACUCAGGUUAAAUCAAAUGUAUUGAUGGACCGUGAAAGCACCAACCAAGAUGAUAUGAUUGUUGUGCCAAAUAUUUCAGCAAAUACACUACCUCCAGGACAAAAUAACAAAGACUCAGAUACAGCCAUGCCAGUUGUCAAAAACGUGCAGUCACCUGGCUAUCACCACCACAGAGACAAAGACCCUACCCUCACUAGCCCACAGAAACACAGGGAGAAGAGGAAGCACUGUGACUCUGCUGACAUGGAGAAACACAAACAUAAAAGAUGCAAACACUCCCGAGGCGCUCGAUUGGAAGGCCACCGCAUCUCUUAUUUGGUAAAGAAAAGAACUGGCAGGAAGACUGAGAGUGAAGAAACUGCAGCAGAGGAUCAGAAAAAAUCAGACGACUAUGUAUUGGCAAAGCUCUUCAAAAAAUCUGGUAUCCACAGUGUGAUGCAACAUGAUACCAUCAUGGAGUCCUCCAACCCUGACUAUGUUCUUGUGGAAGCAGAGGCCAACAGGGUGGCUAGGGAUGCCCUUAAAGCUCUUAAGAUUUCUCGGCAGCAGUGCAGACUGCCCUAUAAUAGUACAGUUCCUCCACCUGCAAGGAAACGAUUUGGACAAAAGAAGAAUUCCAUCUUGGUUCAACCUGCUGGUCAGUCUGCCCCCACUCCGAUCAAAUGCAAGGAUAUUGCAAUUGUAAAGAAGUCUGUGUCAAAGAAACCUGGAGCUGGAGCUCAUUUCAGUGGGGAAGUGCCAGACACUGAAUCUAACUCUGCCUCACUGUCAUCCUCGUCUCUGCUGGCCAAAAUGAGAGCCCGUAAUCACCUCAGCAAGCCCUCUACCCAGAGAGAAGAUGAGGCGGAGGAGGAGGAUGGAUCUCCAGCUGCAAGAACAACCUCUCCUCCUCCAGCCACUGUGCAUGAUGAGCUGUUAGUGGAUCUGCGCAACUUCGUAGCCUUCCAGGCGAGUGUUGAUGGGCAGGCCACCACCCAGGAAGUCCUGGAGUAUUUCAAACCAAGACUGACACAGGAACAGGCGCCUGUCUUCAGAGAGCUACUUAGAACCAUCUGUGAUUUUCAUAGGACCUCUGGUCAAGAGGGCACCUGGAGACUGAAACAGUCCUAUCGUUGAUGAAAAUGGCAAUAAAAAACAGAAGAAAGCCAUCGGAUGUGAUUCAUAUUUGAAUACCUCAUUAAAUGUUUUAGAUAAAUUCUGUAAUGUCUUUUUCUAUAUUUGUCUGUUUACUUCACUGAGAUGUAUAAUACACGACAGACCAAAAUAAUUUAAGUUAUUGAACAAAGGAAUACUUAAUGACAGUUUAUUGUGGAAGGACCAUAGGUACACUUAACUUUCUAAUGACUCUUGAAGCAAAAGUUUUUUGUUUUGUUUUCCUAGUGUAUUCUAGGUGGUUUCAGGUCUCCACUUGUAUGACCAUCUGCUUUUAUGCUUUUUCAAUGUUUUUUUCUUUUUCAAUUGAAAACCUUAUUGUAUCUGAAUUCAGCGGUUUCCAUUUGCCUUAAAAUGUGAAGUGUUUUACUGGGAAUGCAGGAUCACUGCUUACCAAAUGUGUGCUUCAAAAAGGAUUAAUGGCAAGGUUGUUGGUUUUUUUCUUUCUUUCUUUAAAAUUGUAGUAAGCAAUGUCUCAUUCACUAUUUCACUGUACUGUUGUCUUUUAAAUCAGCACUAUGUUUCCAGUGCAUGAUAGUAGGGAUGGGGAGAGGGUUAAUGUGAAAUAAAUUGAAAUAACCCACCUUCAUUUUCUUUUCUUUUUUUAAAACUGUUAAGGAGAAAUCUUAAAUGUCAUGUUUUAUAAUUAAUAAAUACAAUGUAUUUUCU